GUAGUAACGGUGCGCACGUGACUGGUGAAGGCGAGGGCUGCGUCCCAAUCUGCGCGCGCACUACCCUAACGCAUAGUACGUCCAAAUAAUACGUCAAAUACAGGUUACCAUAGUUACCAUAUGUAGCGUAGUAUUUGCACGCGCUGCUUAGUAGGCUACAGUGAUGUGAGAUUGGGACGCAGCCGAGGUAAAUCCUUCCCUUCUGCUUCUGCAGCACGCCUCCGUGAUCGAACCGCGGGGCCUCGUGAGGAGGACAGGGCAUAAAAGCAAAGGUGGGACAGACAGACAGACAGACAGAUAGACACACAGAUCUCAGGACUGCACAGGAAGCGGGCAUGGCAUCCCCGAGCCUGGGGUUUAACGGGGCUCGGAAGAAAGCCGCCGCGAGGAACGGAGUCGUGGAGAGGAGGAAUUUAAUCACCGUGUGCAGGUUCUCGGUGAAAACGCUGAUUGACCGGUCUUGUUAUGAAACUAUAGAUGACACAUCGCCAGAGUUCAUCAAUUUUGUCUCCAUUCUGGAACAUAUCCUCAGCCAUCGGCUCAAAGGUCAGAUCACUUGGUUUGGCUACGAGAGUCCACGUAGUUUCUGGGAUUAUGUGCGUGUGGCCUGUAGCAAAGUCCCUCACAGCUGCAUCCCAAGCAUUGAGAGCAUGGAGAAUGUACGCAGUUCCAGAGCCAAGGGUCGCGCAUGGAUCCGAGUUGCCUUGAUGGAGAAACGGCUCUCUGAAUAUAUAUCUGCUGCCUUGAGAGACUUCAAAACCACAAGGUUUUAUGAGGAUGGUGCGAUAGUGCUGGGAGAGGAAGCUGGUGUGCUGGCAGAUACUCUCAUUGGACUAAACGCUAUUGAUUUCAGUUUUUGUCUGAAGGGUGAGAGUUUGGAUGGAAGCUGUCCUGCUGUGAUUGACUACACACCUUACCUCAAGUUCACGCAAACCUCGGACAGCAUCAGCAGUGACGAGGAGGAGAUGAGGACUCUGGGUAGCAGUGGCAGCGAGGCCAGCACUCCGGAGACCAACAUGGCCGCCUGCUUGAGCACGGACCUGAGCAGCUGGUACAGCAAGUGUAAAAGAGUGGAGCAGAAAUACAGAGUGGUGCUGGAACAAAAGGGUUAUCUAGAGGAGCUGGUUCGUCUGAGAGAGGCUCAGCUUUCAGAGUCCGUCUCCCAAAAUAAAGCUUUACUGCAGCGUUUUGCAGAAGCCGGCAUCAACCAUAAACUGGAGAAAGAACAGCUGGAGUUCAUCAUCUUGGAGCUCCAGGACCAGCUCAGAACUGUACUGAAGAACCAUGACCUGCGAUCCAGACAGGAGCUCACCUCUCACCUGACCAAUCAGUGGCCCUCGCCCGGUGCCAUGGACGGCACCGCCGUCGCUCUGGACACCCUCCUCUACCAGAAGCGCACAGGACGCUGGGAAGAGAAGAGCUUUCCGAGUCUGGACCAGCUGUCCGCCGAUAUGAGCCUGUCUCAGAUGUCCCUGGAGCCGGGACACACACACACGCACAGUCUGGAUGGCAAGACCGGACUCGCCCCCUGGCACAGAGAAGGUAAAGAGGACACGCCGUCUCUCAGAGGUCUGUGUGGGUCUCUGACUUCAGUGGCCAGCUAUAAAUCUCUGGCCAGCCUGAAGUCCAGUGAGUAUCUGGCGAGUCCCACUACGGAUAUGACCAGCCCAGGGCUCACUCCGUCCUAAACGCGCACACACACACACACACACACACACACACACACACAUACACACACACACAUUUUGUACAUAUACAUGUAUUAAAGUUAUUUAACCAUAAACUGAAAGCAUAGUAUUAAACAUUUUUAGAGUCUGAGAAUCAGACUCUGUUACUGGACCAGAUCUGACUGCACUGUGCUAAAUCACAUGAUCAAAUGAUCAAAGCUAAAUCAUGGAAAACUACCUAAAAGCUUGACAUCAGUAUUACUCUUGUGUCUUUUAAUGUGCAAUUCUUAAUUUCUUAUUUUCACAUUUCUUAUUUUCCAGCUUAAAACACUAUGCUACAGGGGUGGACAAAUCAAGUAAAAUCAAGUAAAAAGCUCCAGUGUGCUGCCCAGUUCCAUGUUUAUUUGCAUUAUUUGCACUAACCCUACGUUUACAGGGGCAAAAUCGGUUGUUUGAGUUACAUGUUGCAUGCUAGGCUUUGUACUUGCUUAAUUAGCAGAUUAGCAAAGCAAGCUAACUGCACUAACUGCGGUAUGUGCACACACCAGAGUCAACUAUUCUCUCUGCUGCUUCCCUAAAAGGUGUAUUUUUCUUCAUAAUGCCUUUAUGUACAUUUAACGAGAGGUCAUAUGUGUCGGGAAAAGACGAAACCUUGAUAAGUUUUUACUCAAUUUUUGUGCAUCAGUUGCAGGUAGGAACUAAAGUUGUGAGUGAGAUAACUAUGAAUAAAAAACGAAUAUCCCAUGCACAUAAUCCGCUUGUACCAGGAGCACAUGCUGGUGAUUUGUCCACCUCUGUUUAAUACAGGCAACUCCAUAAGUAUUUGGACAGUGACACAAUACACCACCACAAUGGAUCUGAAAUGAAGCAAUCAAGAUGUGAUGGAAGUGUAGACAUUAAGCUUUAAUUCAAGGUGUUUAACAAAAAUACUGCAUUAAUUGUUUAGGAAUUGCAGCCAUUUUUGGAGUUCCUCCAUUUUCACAGGCUCAAAAGUACUUGGACCAAAUAACAAUCAUAACUAUUAGGAUUAUUUUUAAUACUUGGAUGCAAAUCCUUUGCAGUCAAUGACUGGCUGAAAUCUGGAACCCAUGGAUAUGACUAAAUUGUGUCACUGUCCAAAUACUUAUGGUCCUGACUGUAUCUAUUUCUUAGUCACAUUCACUGAAUAAUCUGCAGCUGUGUUUAAAAUAUUCGGUUUAAGCUCAGGACCUAUUUUCAGUUUGGGACUUGGAUGUAAUUUGUGUUUAUAUUUUAUAUAUUAUAAGUCCUUCUACUUAUUUCAUGCUAAUUUGUCCACAAAGCUGUUUUUUUUGCCUCCUCAGAUUCUUUUUCCUUAUUAGUUAUGAUGGGUGAACUAGUCAUAAUUACUUUAACAUGUUUGCCUGAAUUCCUCGUGUCUUUCCGGAGCCUAAUUUGCGCAUGACAGAAAUCCCCUUGUUGCCUCAAUUUACAUCCUUAAAGUCAGACUGAAGUGCCCUGCUCUUACAUAUUCAUAAGUUGAUUUGCAUAUCACAUUUAACAACAACAAAAAAAAGUAGUAGGCUAAUUGUGCUUGUUUGCUUUGCCUUAUUACUAGACAGUGAUUGAUGAACACUAGAGAAUUUUUAACGUGUCAGGGAAGCGUUUGAUGGACACAUUUGGCAAGUCUGGACACAAGUUAAAGGAAAUCAGACAACGCUAACAUGGGUGAAAGGUACAAUGAGUAAAAGGUAGUUUUAUGGAUUAAGUACCGUUUUUGUUUUUCAAAUCAUUUAAAUAACUCAAAUAAUAAAUAAAUCUUUAAAAAAUUCUGAGUAGAACAAGAUGCAAUGUCUAUAAAUAUACUUAAUAAUAUUCCAAUAUGUAUUUUAUUGUAAGCUCAUAAUGAGAAGUGUUUGAUAAAUUCAAUUGUGUUGAAGAUAUUUUCAUUUUUUGCAGUGUUAAAAUAGUUUUUAUGCUUUAUGAAUUUAAAAAAAAAAUGGAUUUAAGCAGGCCUUACAAUGGUUACAAGCCAAAAUCAGGAAAUUCAUCCUGUUUUCAGAGUUGGUCAGAAUCCAGGUCUUUUAACAGGUUCAUUCAUGCAUUAAAAGCUUGAGUCCCUUCUAUCAGCUUUCUUAAAACCUUGCCUAAAGCCAUUUUGGUAUUCCUAAAUCUCAGAUUGUGGCUUUAAAGGUCAUGGUUAGCAAAAACCUAUUCGAAAAAAAAUUAUGUGCAGUAUGUUUACAUUCAAGACAAUUGCCAAAACUGCCUCUCUGUAUUGUCUAUUAAUGAAUUCUUUAAUUUAGAAAAGAUAUAGAGUGGAUUAAGAUGUCGGAUGUAAUCCAGAGCUUCUGUUUUAUCGUGGUCAGUUUGUACAUGUCGGAUAAAAUUAGGUUUAUUUGCUGUUUGCUGAAAUGCACAUUCCUAUUCACCAAAACUCAGUGUUAGUUUUGGUGUAUUGUGUCUAUUUAUUGAUUUAGUUAUUUGAAGUUGGUCAAAUGUAUCAUGUUUAAAAGUUCUGAAUUUCUGUGGAUUAACAUACACUCACAGUCAGGUGAGUUAAAAAAAAAAAAGACAAAAAUUUUAUACUGCACAUGAUCUUCCUGUGAAUAUGUGCUUGGGAGAGGCUUUAAAGGCAUUAAACCUCCUUACACUCUAGUAUUGUACUUUUGCCCAGAUAAGCAAGCAGUUACUGCCUUGUUUUCAUUUGUCCAUCUAAAUACUUAGUAUACUUACUUACACAGCUAAUUAUUAGCUGUUUCAUUUUAAAUCCAGGAAAUAAGCAUCACAUUUCUUAUUCAUUUGGUACCUGCUGUUAUCCAACAGGAUAUAACAGGCAUACAGCUGAUUGGGUGAAGCUUAGUGACUCUCGGGCAUUCCUGGGGUUUGAAAUCACAACCUUCUGGCAACUAGCACUGAAGCGCUACCACUCAGAAAGUGUAGCGCUAUAGGGCUGAAAGGAUAUUUAGUAACAUGGGUUGAGCCAGUGGUAGCUAGCCGAUUAACUUGAGCUAACUAGCUAAAACAGAAUGUGAAGGACUAGCUAAAAGAGAAUGUGAAGACCACAAAUCUCCCACCUGGUCGCUUUUGGUGUGUGUGUUUUUAUUCGCUUAUUUGGAUUCUUUGUAUAUUCCAGUUAUUUGAUCGUUUUGUGUCCUCCUGCAUGUGUUAUACCUUAAGCAGCUAGUUUGCCACCAUCAGUUCAGUGUAGCCUGAUGGAAUGUGAUGGCUUGUGACCUGUCUGUCUAAAAACUCUUGUCACGUGAUAAUCAACAGCAUUGUGAAUUACUGUAACAGGACUUCUAGCAGGAAUCAGAGCAAUAUUGUUUUUUAUUAUUUUUUUCUUCAUUUUUACCUGUAUUUAUGGUGUAUAGCAGGAGCAAGAAACCUGUUUACUAUAAGUUGGUAUAUCACAAUGUUCUGUGUUUUUGUUUUUUUUUUUCCUCGGUGAAAGAAAAUAUGUCUGAAUUCUCAUUUGCAGUAAUUAAAAUACAAAAAAUGUGAAAUCUAGAACCUUUUUUGGGUUUUACGGUUGCCCUUGUGAGGGAACCCUGAAAAGUAGAACUCAGCAGUGUUUCUCUAUCAAAAGGGGUUUCCAUUAGAACACCUUUUAGGAAAAGUUAUAGUUAAGAACCAUUAACUAUACAAAGAACCUGUGAAAGAACCCAGAGUACAGAUGCAUUGGAUAGAGAUUAGGUUGAAAAAUGAUCCAAUAUUGACUUUUAAUGACUUUUUCAUGAAAAAUGUUUUGAAUUUUCUUUUCCUGUCAAAUUACUCUAACUCCAAAAUGUUUUUUUUUUCUCAAAUCCACAUCAUUUUCAUUUUCUUUGACAGUGUAUUAGUGGAUUGUUUAAUGAAAUAUGGGCUUAUGAAGUAAGAUGAAACACUAAUUACAUCCCACUGGCUUUCACUGAACAUACUGUAGAUCAAGGAUUAUAAAAAUAGCACAUUCUCGAUCAGAAAAUGUACAGAAACAAGACCACUGAUUAUUAAAAAAUCAUCUAAAAUGGCAAUAAAUCAAAGCAAAUUCUAGAUUAUUAAAAUGUACAGCAAGUGUUUUUGAGGAUUUUUUUUAAACUUUGAAUGUAAUUUUAUUUGCUGAAUCUCUUUAUGUAAGGUGAUUUUAUUUCUCAAGCCAACAAACACAAUGAAUGUAAAGUGAUGAGCGAGACCAAGAGUGAAAAAGUUGCUUCAUUACAGUUCACCGUUAUUCUCUUAAGCCCUAGCGAGGUGUCAGGCUGCGGGCAAUGAGACAAUAUUUUUGCACUUUAUUUCUGUACAUCCAUUAGUCAUUGUUUCUUAAAUAAACGAAAUUGCUUGCAAAUGAUGUUUGUGCAUUUUUGAUACUGUACACUUGAUUACAUUCCAAAAUAGAACCAAUAAAUGUUAUUUCUUCCAAACCCAUAAUGUUUCUUGGUUUCUUAGGUUGUUGUCGAUUUUCAGAAAGGAAGACGCAUCACAGUUAGGCUACACAUAGUUGUAGCCUAACAUGUUCAAACGAGUAUAAUAUUUUAUCUAUUUUACACUUUGAUACUGUAACACACUUGGUAUACUGGGAAAAUAUUUUCACCACUGGCAGAUUCUAUCAUAAUCAUCAAAGGAUCUUACUGUAUGGCUACAGUAACACUGCUGUGACUAUAUUAUAAUAAUAAUCAUAAAACCUACAGUAUUAUUAACAAUACUGUAAAACUCAGUGUCAGAAACAUUUAUGUGAAAACCUCAUCUGGCUACAUUUUUCCAGUUUUCAUUUCUUCCAUUAUAUUUCAUAGUAAGUUUGAUUUAAAAAAUUAUUUUCCUGAAACGGGUUAGUGGAGGUAAAGCUAGGUAACAGUAGCUUUGCGAGAUAUAUAACAUCGACUAGUAGCUAGGAUGAUAUUUUAACUAGAAAACCCAUCUAAAUUACUUUUAUCGUGAUUGUAUCUGUAGACCGUGCGUCUACAAAAUGUUUACGUAGAUGUAUUACGGUAUUACAGGUUAUUCAUAGUAGCUCCUGUCUACUAGCAUAAAAUGACUCCAGAAAAUUAAUGUAAAUAGUUUUACAUUAAGCUUUAUUAACAUUAGAGUCAUAUUUUGUAGUAGACAGUAGUUCCGAUUAAUAAACUAUAGGAGGAAUUUGGUAUUUCUAUGUCAUUGCUGUAACACAUUAAGUCGUGUUAAGCUCUUUAGAAUGGGUUUUUGAAAAGAGUAAUAAAAAAUGUUCUUUGAGCAAUAUGGUUAUGACAAAGUGAGGGUUUGAGAGAUUUGGCAUGGCUUGGUCUGGUUUUGUUGUAAAAUUAAGCCACAUUAAGCUUUUUUCCUCACAUUAAUUAUUUUAUUACAUUCCAGGCUAAACCACAAAUAUGUAAACUGAAUCUAGAAGAAAACAGGACAUUACGGUAAAAACACUGAAGACGAGUCAGUCUAAUAUCAUUCAAACCAUUUAAUCAUUUAAUUGAUCAAAUAAAAUGCAUUCACAUCAUAAUCAUCAUCAUCAUCAUCCUCAUCAUCACACGAAAACAAAUUUCCGAGAUAGUGUAUAUCUCAUUUGAACAGCUAGAAAUAGACUUAAUAAAAAAAAACACUAUUUAUGCAACAAGAAUAUUAUAAAA